AUGUUAGAGCUUGGAGACCUUGGGAAGGAGCUGUGGGGUGGCUCCUGGAGCAGUGUCACCCUGGGGCUGGCUCCCAAGCUCCCUGUCACCUCCAGGGACACCUCAAGGCUCGCUCAGGCAGAUGUUUGCCACCUGAUGUUUGCCCCUCCCAAGGACUCUCAGCUUCUAUAUCCCACCCGUGACAGCCUGGAGUGUCCCUCUUCCAGUGGGAAGCCCAACCAUGCAGACAUCCUGCUUGUAAACUUACAGUACGUGUCAGAAGUGGAAAUAAUUAAUGACCGCACGGAAACGCCUCCUCCUUUAGCUUCACUCAACGUUAGCAAGCUGGCCAACAAGGCACGAACGGAGAAGGAGGAGAAGCUGAGCCAGGCCUACGCCAUCAGCGCCGGCGUCUCCCUGGAGGGGCAGCAGCUCUUCCAGACCAUACACAAGACGAUUAAGGACUGUAAAUGGCAGGAGAAGAACAUCGUGGUGAUGGAGGAGGUGGUGAUUGCCCCCCCAUACCAGGUGGAGAACUGCAAGGGCAAGGAGGGGAGUGCCCUGAGCCACGUACGCAAAAUA